AACAGUUUUCAGAGAAGCACAUUCGUCUCCCCUCCCCGGUGCCUUAAAAGUGGUACCGUCCAAAGGGCGCGAUGCUCUGAAUCUGUUUUGCGUUGUGUUUGAAGACGAACGUUGUUUUGGAAUUGCAGGAAAUAUGAAUAAGGAGAACUCUGAGGAUGUGAAAGUCCUGGAAGCGCAGAUUGAACGUCUCCGGGAAGAACUUGUGGAGUUGGAGCGCCAGAAGCAGAACAACUACAAAGACAUGACGUUCAGCUUCACUGGAGAAAUGCAGAAUGCUCUGUCAUUUGUUUGUGGGCAGACUCAAGGUAGAAGGAAGGAGGUGGUAAUGUCUCAGCUGGAGGAGGAGGUGAAUAAAAUGGAGGAGGGUCUGAGGAGACAAACACAGAUGAAUGGAAUCAAUUUGGACAGCUGCAUCACAAAGACUCUUCAAAGAAGUGAGAACAAGUGCAUCCAGCAGCUGUGUAUAUCAGGCCACUGCUCUGAACAGGAAUUCCAGGUGGAGUUCCAGUUGUCUGAAGAAAAGCAGGGUGACAGCUCCGUGAGAACAGUCAGUGAUCUGAACAUUGUGAUGGACACCACUGAUCACCAGAGCUUCAAAAACUUCAUGUCAGGGGCAAAAGAGAACAAUGAUCUGUUGCUGUUCUUCAGGACUUUAAGGACGUACCUAGAGAGAUGUAAUGACAGGUGUAGAACCUUCCAGCACUUUCAGAAGAAAUAUCCAUCUGUCGUUUCGCUACCGGGAGGCUGUAGGUCAGAGGUCAUGAGUCUGAGUCAUCCACAACUUCCUGGGUUGGUGAUGUUCAUUCACUGGUUGGUUGAUGUUUCCAAAGAGGGUAAAGUGACAUCAAAAAUGGACCUCCUGACAAAGAUCCCUGAGAGAGCACUGCAGCUGUUCCCCUCUCAAGCUCUUAGUGGCACUACUGAGGCCUUCCAGAGCCUGCUGAGGAUUCUGGGACCUGAAGCUGCUGUGGAGUCUGUCAUCGGGGCGAUCAGCCUCUCUGAGGACACAUAAACAAACCCUUCUUUUUCUGAUCUGAAUGUGGAAACACGAUGAACUCUCACACAAAAAAACACAGACCUGGGGUCACAGUGAGUUGGUUUAGUCUCUUAGAAAUUUUUAUUUGAUAGAAAGAGCGUGCUUUGACGACUGUAACAGCAGAGCUCAUUGGUCAAAAUCUACAAAAAUAAAUAAUUUAAAUACAAAA